CAGGGGCCUUCCGGCCGCAGCUCCAGCCCACGGGGGGGGGCUGGGACUCCCUGCGCGGGGCGGGCAGGAGCCUUGGCGCCCCUCGGUACCAAUCAAGGGCAAGGGGCGGCGCCGCCUCCCGGGGCGCGCACAGAGCCCUGGCCGCCGCGCGCCGCUCCGGCUCCCAGUCCCUGCGGGAGGCGGAGGGAGCCCGCAGCUGCCCGGCCCGGGCGCCGUGCAGCCGGUAGGGGCAGCCCGGGGGCAUGGCCACCUGGAAGCGGGACGGCCGGGUGACCGGCUGCCAGCGGCUGGGCUGCGCCGGGCUGGCCGGGGCGCUGAGCCUCAGCCUGACCGCCCCGCUGGAGCUGCUCACCGUCCUGGCCCAGGUGGGCACCUCCCCGCCCUGGCGCGGGCUCUGGCAGGCGGGCCGCAGCGUCUGCCAGGCCGAGGGCAUCGGGGCCCUGUGGAAGGGAAACCUCGCCGCCUGCCUGCGCCUCUUCCCCUGCAGCGCCCUGCAGCUCGCCUCCUACCGCAGGUUUGUCAUGCUCUAUAUGGAUGACUUGGGCCACAUUUCCCAGUGGAGUGCCAUCAUGGCCGGAAGCCUGGCUGGCACGGUUGCAACCGUAGUGACUUACCCUACCGAUGUGGUAAAAACACGACUCAUAGUGCAGAACCGGUUGGAGCCAUCUUAUAAAGGGAUUCUUCAUGCUUUUUACACAAUUUAUCAUCAAGAAGGAUUCCUUGCACUUUAUCGCGGUGUUUCGCUGACUGUAUUAGGUGCUAUCCCAUUUUCUGCUGGCUCAUUCUUUGUUUACAUCAAUCUGAAUAAAAUAUGGCAAGAGCCCAGUUUUCACUUCUCUCCUCUUCAGAACUUCAUAAAUGGCUGCCUAGCAGCUGGGGUAGCACAGACACUCUCCUUCCCCUUUGAGACCGUAAAGAGGAAAAUGCAGGCUCAGAGUCCUUGCCUUCCCCAUUACGGAGGGGUUGAUGUCCGUUUUACUGGCAUGGUUGACUGUUUUAGGCAAACGGUGAAGACCAAGGGCGUGCUCGGACUCUGGUGUGGACUCGCAGCUAAUCUGCUCAAGAUUGUCCCAUACUAUGGUGUUAUGUUUAGCACCUUUGAGUUCUGCAAGCGGGUCUGUCUCUACAGAAAUGGUUAUAUUGAAUCUCCCUUAAGCUACAAGCUAAUUCCUGGAGUGGACCAGAGUUUACAACCACAAGAGCUGCAAGAAUUAAAGUUCCUCCGAAGAGGAAAUUUUGAGCCACCGAAGCCAACUCUUGAAAAUUGACAUUGGAAAGUCCAUUGAACAAAUGUAUGUUGCAGUCAUUCUCGUCCAAGACCACAAUCUGAAGAAAGCGUAGCAAAAAGGAAGACACAUGCACUAGAAGUAGCAGCAUCUCUGUUUACUGUAUGGCCUUCCCUGGGAUUGAAACACCCAUGUCAAACAUGAAUAAACCUUGUAACUCAUGUAAGUGAAUUGAUACAAUCAAUUCAAGCUUAUCUGAAGGAUACAAACAUUUUGAAACUACUACUGGAACUUGAAAUCUACUCAAUUUGGGAGUUUUCAAUGCUGAAUAGCUUUUUAAUGCUAAAACCACUUGCAGAAAAUAAGUGAUGUGAGCCAUGAUCAUGAAUUAUGAUUCAUUCAAAAAUAUUAGGGAAGUUUAAAUACAUUUGUAACACUUGAGAGCACUGAAUACAUAGCUUCCAAAUAGAGAUAUGGUUAAAAAUAGAAUAAAAUAUAUACUGUAUACAGUACACAUUUCUACUGAAAUCUGUCUGUUACUGAUACACUAUAGACUUGGCAUUCUGGAUAUGCAGUAUUUGUCCCCACAUAAUUCACACUGUUGUCCUCCUAAUUCUGGUUUUAAUUUAGUCCUCCUAAUUCUUGUUUUCAGCUUUUGUAAAACUUAUUUAAGAACUGAAUAAUUUUCUGAGUCCGCAGUUGCAAAGAAAAAUGAAAACAUGCUGCAGAGGUACUUUUGCAAAGAAAGAAUAGUAAUAUGUGAAACAGCACUGAAAUGAUCAUCUGACGGUCCUAAAGGCAAACUGAGAUGUCUUUCCCUACCCUGACAUAUUUCUGCAAGUACCUGAAUUAUUUCAGCUUUGGGGGGAAAACAAGACUUGAUAUGCUGUGUUCAUUUUUGUUGUGAACAACUCUACCUACUACUGUGUGAAAAAUGCACAUACCAAAUGCAUUAGAUAUUUCAGUGUUAACCCCCUUAUACGUUUGUCAAUAUUUUUAAAGGUGUAUUUUACAUUAAAUUAAUUUUCAGAGAUGACAUUUUUAUGGUCAGAGCUUAGAACGCUACUAUGCAAUACUUAACCUCACCAUCUCCUUACAGACACAAACUGGGGUGGUCCUCUUUAAGUGCUGUGACCUAUAAGUCAAUGUAUUUUCAUGCUUUUCUGAGGAGGGGACCUCACAGAUAUAAAACACUAUGGAAUGCUACAGCAUGAGGACUAGUUUAUUCCCAGCUUAGAUAAGUGUCAUUCAGAGGCCAGCCCUCAGAUCACUAAGAAAUGGUUGCUGGGCUCCUGAUUCUUCCAGGGAAAGUAUAAAAUUUCUCUAUGCGGCACUGUGCCACUGAAUCGCAUCUGGCACAGCAUCCUUGAUUCCAGGUGCCCUCAUUGCAGCAGUAUAUAUCACUCAGGCUCUGGGAAGCAAAGGGUAGUCGGUGGCACUGAGCUAUCCUCCCUGACAAGAAAUAAACCUUUGCUCACCCAAGGAAAUGUAAAGAAGCAGUGGGUAGAAGGCGGUGUUUAAAUUCAAUCUUAGAUGUAAGGAAUAAAGCCCUUGAGAGCCAGUAUGAAAGCGCCAUUAUAGAACACUUUACAACAAUGAGUAAAGUCUUACAGCAGCCUGUGACAGCUGAGUAUUAAUGACCCUAUUUAACAAAUGGCUCUCCCUGUCUUCUUUGCCCGAGUUCAGCCCUGCUCUAAGCUGGUGCUUUCAACUGUAUUUGCUUCCAAUUAUACCAGAGCUGAAUUUGAUCCAGAAAGGUUCAGGGCUUUACCAAAGACCGCACAUCAAGACACUGGAAGAGCUGGGAUUGGAAUUUGGCCUUUCUUGCUUCCCAAUCCUCUGAUGAAUCCAGCACACUGUAUUCCCUUAUCUUAGAAUAGUAAUAUUUUUAAUAUUGAUACUUUUAUGCAUGCGGUUUCUAAUAAAGACAUGUAGAGCAGAAGAAGCAAAGUAGACCAUCACACUGUGUUAAGAGCUGAGUCUAGAAAGGCUGCCCAAAGUUAGACUAAUCUAUCUUGUCUAUCUAAUAUUUUCUCUGAAAAGCUGGUUGACAUGCUUGGCAGACUUCACUAGGCCCUAGGACUGUUCCAUCCUAACUGGUUUUGGUGGGUUCUGCUACCUUAGCACUUUCUACUAAUUUGAUUUUCCUAGAAUAAUCUUGAUCUGAUUCCUCCUACCUGAAGGGAAAUACUUUCAUAAACAAUUAUAUUAAUUUCAGCAAAACUCAAAGCUGUACACAGUGCAAUAUCUACAGAUUAUUAUUCAUUUGUAGGUGACAGGAGGAGCAACCAGAUGCUUAAUAUCCUUAUUUAGGUCACCAAUAGGCUUGUCCUUUAUAUUAAUGUUCCAUUUAUAAACAAAAUGUAGAGGGUUAAUAAAUGAAUAAUUGUUUUAAUAAAUGAUGAAGUGAUAGUCUA